CAGACUUUCCUGCUCAGGCUGGCUUCGAACUGUGAUCCUCCAAUCUCAGCCUCCUGAGUAGUUAUUAUUACAGGCCUGAGCCACCAGUGCCCGGCAAGCUAAGCUUUUCCUUUUUUUUUUAAACCUUGGAUUUCCCAGAGGAUGUACUAUGCACUUUGAAAGGACAAAUUCCCCUGUGUGUUUAAAACUAGCCAGUUCUUAGAAAACCAACUUAACUCAACAAAUGGAAAGUUCCGUUGUCUACUAAGUUCACAGUACUGUGGUGUUGGGGAACUAGAAGAUCAAGACAAGCCCUUAAUCCUCCAGGAAUCUUGUCUGGCUUGCAAGAUGAGACAUAGACCUGUGGAAUAGCAAUGAUUAUAAGGAAGACUUGCUGGAUAACUGAACCAUCACAAUUGUUCUACACUAUUGAAAAUAAUGGGACCAGGCCAGCCAGCUUCUACCUGUAUUCAUCUAGCAUCCAGUACACAGCUAGAUGGGAUGUGUGACUCCAGGCAUCAUACCCAGAACCAGCUACAAUUUAAUAGGAAUAUUCCUACACAUCCUGACAACUUGGCCAUCCGAUAUUCUUGCCCACAUGCAAUUAGGAUUGAAAAACUGAAACAUUCAUAUAAUGAAUCAUAUCAUUGUAAAGACUCAGAUUUAAGAGUUGGUGCUGACCUAAGCAGUUCUGUUUCAUUUUCUGUCAUAUCUGAAGAGAGACUUAGCUAUGCAGUCCACCUAGCCAAAAGAGAUGUAAAACGAAAACAAUUUGAAGAACACAUAAAAGAAUAUCACCUCAGAAGUCAGCCUCAAAGUAUCCAGAAAUGUGGACAUACAAAGUAUAACAAUCCUGGUCACCAGGUGCAAAGGAAAGACUCGAGGAGUCAAGAAGUCUGUCGGUGCAGCCACCAGCCAUGCAAUGUAGGAGUUUCCAGCUCAGGUGCCAAGGUUUAUGUGUAUGCAUCCCACCCAGGAUGUUCAGAUCUCACUGUGCUAAGCUCGCCACCCACCCAUGAUCCGGGACUUCAGCCACAAUCCAGCAUAGCAGACCAGAAAAACUUCAGUGAACAAAAAAGCCUGCUAGAAGUUCAGCGACUACAGAAAGAAUUGAGCAAUUGUAUCCAUAAAAUUGAAGAGGUAACCAAAAAAGGUAGCCUGGAAGCAGUUUUGGAUCCAGAUGAAGAGCGGCGUGUGCAGGUGAGGAGGCAGGAGCAGGCUGUUCGCUGUGCCCGGAUGCUCUAUGUCCUCCAACAGCAGGUAAAAGAAAUCCAGGAAGAAUUAGAUAAAUUGAGUCCACAUAAAAUUAAACACACUAAGAAGUCAUGGGCAAUGUCUAGAGUGGCGGCCGCCCAUCGAGGAGCCAUUCGAGCCUUACAGAUGUUUGUCACUCAGUUUACUGAUCGAGGGGAGCACCCACUUCCUGCUCGGUGUAGAGAGCUGGGCAGUCUCAUUCGCCAGCUUUCACUUUGUUCUGCAAAGCUGGAUGCUGAUCCUUCCAUCCCUGAUGUGGUUAUAGAUAUCCUGCAACAAAUUGAGGCUUUGGAAUCUCUCCUGGAAAAGAAACUAUCACCAAAGAAGGUAAAGAAAUGUUUCAGUGAAAACCGGAGCAGAUUUCCUGUGGGGAGCCAAAGGCCCAGAGAAAAGUGGCCAACAACCUUGACUAAGAGUGAGAGGAGACCCUUAGUAAUGAAGGAGUUGCUUCCACAGGAAACAAGUCGGCCUUCAGCGGUGAAAAAGCUUAUCGAUAAAUGUCAGCCUGAUACAGAGCUUCCAAUGAGUCAGAGGUUGGAGAGUGAGCUCGAUGAGUUUGAUGCUGAUAUUUUUCCGGAGGAAGACCCAUUUAUUCUGGACGACAGCGCAAACUGCAAAAAUGAGGCAUUGACCCUGGCCAAAAUAGCAGCAGUGAAAAAGAAGCCUGUGACUGAGAAGGUACCAUUUAGAAAGAAAGAUACUCUGGAGCCAGCAAGACUACAGCAAGGACUCCACAAAACUGAAAGAAGUAAAGCAAACCAACCUCACUGCAAAAGCAGGCUUCAACAGACAACAGUCUCAUCCAGAUUAAAAAUGAACAGACAGCCCGUGAAAGACCAGAGGGCGCCUUGGAUUCCUCCCAACCCCACAUCCCCACCAGGGUCUCCUAAGUGUGCUGCAUGGUUAAAGAUGAAACCUAGCCCCAGAGGUGCCCCAAAAGAACAGUUGUUCCAGCAAGAAGAUAGCCAAGAGGGACAUCAUUUGAGAGAUGCUGUCCAGCAUGAAGCAGAUAGGCUUGCUUGGCUUGAUGCUGAGGCUUCCAAAAGACUGAAGGAACUAGAAGAACUAAAAGCCAAAGAAAUGGAUAGGAUUCAAAAAAAGAGACUUGACUGGCUCAAUGCUGAAACUUCUCGAAGAGCAAAGGAACUGAAUGAACUGAAAGCUGAAGAAAUUGAAAGACUCCAAAAAUUAAGUGUUUCAGCUACCCAGCUAGCAGACCAAGUAGAGGAAGCUGUUCUGGAGCGUCUAAAACCCCUUUUGGUCAGGGCCCAGAGAGUUAAUUCUUCUAUGGAAGCAAAUACUCAUUUGAAGGAUCAUCCAUCAUUGAACGAAGCAGUAGCCCAGCCUGCAGAGCAGGUCACAGCUAUUAACUCUCAAAGCAGUAAUACUCAUCAGCUGGGUGACUUUUUGGAAGACACUGCUCAUGAGCUCUGGACUCUGACUCAAGCUAGGAUCUUGAGGGAUGGCAAGGACAGCCCAGAUCUGGAGACCAUGAUGCUCCGUAUGGAGGAGAUGGAAAAAUACCAGGAGACAGUACGCCAAAGAUAUAAUAAAAUUGUAUAUGCUGAUCCUCAUUUAUGGAUGCAGGAAGAAAGAAAUGAUCAGAAAAGCCCAGCAGUAAGUGAAAGGCCUCUGCCUCCUCAUCUAAUCAAGAUCACAAAGCCAGUAACUCAAAGGGACCCUGUGGUCAGCAUUGUGUUAGAAAAGCCCUGCAAUGGCACUUUCCUGGAUGAAAGUUUGGGAGCAGAGGAGGGACCAGAGAAGAGAGAUGCUCCCCUUCCUUCACUUGCAGGAGACUCUCCUCAGCGAGAAGGCCGGGUACCUCUCUUUGUCCCACCCAGUAUGAGGCGUAGCAUUGGUGACUACUGUAGCCGAUUUGAGCAAUUCCUCCGGCUCAUAUCUCAUGAGGCUGUAGGUUCCUUCAACCCAUGGCUGUUUGCUGAAAGCUUUUCAGAGCAGCUGGUGGACGAAGCUCUGGAGAGCGUGGCCGCCGAGCUGCAGGACGUGUGUGAAGACUAUGCAGAGGCUGUGUUCACUUCGGAGUUCCUGGAAGCUGCUCCCUAGAGGCCCUCCAGGCCAGGCGCUCCACCACACUGCAGUGUCCUCACUCCUAGGAAAUAUUGGUCCUCAGCCGCCACCCAGGCCCAGAGUGCGGCCCCUGGAAGGAAGGACAUACCAGCGAAGCCCCCUCGCUUUGCAUUCUGUCACAGCAGCAGCUCUGGAAGUUGAUGAUGGCACAUGCUGCAUUUAGCAUGCCCAGAGAGUGAGAAGUUAUUAUGACAAUAUAAUAUUUUCAGAUAUAUCAUUUUACAAUUGAAAUUAUGUUCAUUUUCUGGCUCAGUGGUGAUCAAAAUGUUUUGGAAGGUGAUGGAUAAAUAUAUUUGAUGCAGGGAUUCAGGUUACUAUUGAAUCCAUGGCUGGCUGGCUGCAGCGCCCUGCGGGGCCGCCUGUCCCCCGGACAACUCGUGUGGGGCGCAGUCUGGUUGUGUUGCCAGACCUCUGCACCCGAGGACACCUCCCUCUGAAGAUCAUUCCAGGGUGUUUUUUCACGUUUCAGUUCUUCAGUUUCCUGUUCUGGAUUUGCACUGGCUGGCAUAAAAGGCCUUCUCUGAAUUCAGAGGACAUUUCUGGUCUUUUCAGGAAAGGGCCAGCUACAUCAGGUAGAGGUACGGAGUCACUCUUGUCCAGCAGUGCCAAAGUCUGCCUCCACACCACAGGGGAGGACGUGAGGAGCCAUGGUCCUUCUGGAGAAAGGAAGACGUCUGAGAAGAGCCCCGCUUGGUCCUCCCAGGUCUUCUGCCUCCCCAGGACACGCUUCUGAACUGAGAAAAAGGGGACUGUGCCUCACAAUCAGGCCACUCACCAGGGAAACGUUACUUCAGUUACUUGCCCCAGGCCUGAUGAGAGAAAUGUGAGGAGCAAAGGGCCCAAGACACCCCCCAGGGGAUAACAUGACUCUUGUCAGAACACACAGUACUGUCAUCCGGGGUCAUUCUCAGCCACACAAUUUCAGGUGGUAAUUUAAGCUGCAUGAUCAUACUUAUCUGUGCAAAAUUCAUUUUCAUUUAAUGUUAGUGUUUUCCUGCUUACUUUGUGCCUCAGAAUGUGAAGUACUUCCAGCGAAUUACAGUCUUUAAUCUGGAAGGUCCCUGUGUGUACUUGAGCCUAAAGGAGCCCCUGUUAUUGGUAGUAAGUCAGUUGUGUGGCAGUUUUUAUUGUACUGGGUAUUUUAAAACAUAACAAUAAACUCAGUAUUUUAAAGUUA